AGUGACAUUGACAGUUGUCAGCUGACUGUCAAUUUGGUAACUAAAACUUAAUAAAAUCAAGUUUUAAAUAGUUUUCUUAAUCAAUUCCAAUUCGACACGAUUAAGAAUUAUGUUUCGAUUAAAUCAUUUGAUGAUUUACGUUUGAAAUAAUUAAAAAAGUUGCGUAUUUUAGUACUUUUCAUUUUUGUUUUGCCACUAUUGGUAGUUUUGACUGUCAAUUAGUUUUGACGUUUUGUGAGUGAAAACAAUUUUGUUGUUUUCGCGAAUUGUGUGUCGCUAAAAACCAUUACUAGUGCGUGAAAGUGUUUAUAAAACAGCAUGCUUUCGCAAUACUAACCAAAAACUGUGUUUUUUCUUGUAAAUUACUUUAACCUCAAUCAUGAGUGGCUUCAACUACUCGGGUUUCCAAAUGAACCAAAAGCGCCACAAUGCCGUGCCCCCGCCCCCGUUAAGUGGCGUUAGCAAGCAAGGCUAUUCAACAAUGAAUGCAAUAAGUCAGAAUGCGUUAUCGGCUGCUUGGGGGGGUAGUCGCAAACGUGCCGCCACCGAGGAUGAGUAUUUCGAGGACGACGAGGAGGAGACUGUGCCCGAUUUGGCAUACAUCCCAGCCCCCGGGAGCCCCACUCGAGUCGAAACCAAGAAACAAGAAGUGCCAAACGAGGACGAUGAUCCUCUGGAUGCCUACAUGGCAGGCAUCGAGAAACAGGUCAGUCACAACACAACAAACAGUUUAGUCGAGUUCAUGACAAGUUUUCAGAUGCAAUCGGAGAAACCUGGCAGUUCGUCGCAACAAACUGGGGUUAGGAACGAUUUGGAGGAGGAGGACGUUGAAGAAUCGUAUUAUAGAUACAUGGAGGAGAAUCCUAACGCCGGUUUGGCCCCAGUUGAGGAGGAGUUAGACAUUGAAUAUGACGAGGAUGGUAACCCAAUCCCCCCUGAUAAGAAAAAAAUUAUUGAUCCUUUACCCCCCAUUGACCACUCAACAAUCGAAUACAAACCCUUCGAGAAAAACUUCUAUAAUGAACACCCCGAAAUUGCGAGUUUAUCAAACAAACAAGUCGCCGAGUUGCGCAAAACGUUCGAUAUUACCGUUUCAGGGUCACAACCCCCUAAACCCGUCUCAUCUUUUGCGCACUUCAACUUCGACGAUAAGCUCCUUAAAGCUAUAAUCAAAGCUGAGUACAUUUCGCCCACUCCAAUUCAAGCCCAAGCCGUCCCUUGUGCCCUUCAAGGUCGCGAUGUUCUGGGUAUUGCGCAGACAGGAAGCGGGAAAACCGCCGCCUUUUUGUGGCCUCUCCUCAAGCACGUUUCAACCCAGCCCCCAGUUUCGGAGGGCGAAGGCCCAGCUGGGUUAAUUCUCGCCCCCACACGAGAAUUGGCCAUUCAGAUAUACAACGAGGCGAAGAAAUUCGCCCGAGUUUAUGAUUUGAGUGUGGUUUGUGCGUAUGGUGGGGGGUCGAAAUGGGAGCAGAGUCUGGCGUUGAAAGAAGGGGCGGAUAUUGUUGUGGCCACGCCCGGGAGGAUUAUAGAUCAUGUGAAAGGGGGCGCGACCAAUUUACAAAGAGUGACGUUUUUGGUGUUGGAUGAGGCUGAUAGGAUGUUUGAGUUGGGGUUUGAACCGCAGGUUAGGUCGGUUUGUAAUCACGUGAGGCCUGAUAGGCAAACGUUGUUGUUUAGUGCGACGUUUAGGAAAAGGAUUGAGAAGUUGGCUAAGGAUGCACUUAAUGAUCCCGUGAGGAUUUCCCAAGGGAUUACAGGGCAAGCCAAUGAGGAUGUCACCCAAAAAGUGUUGUUGAUGGAAAAUCAACAGUUGAAAAGGGAUUGGUUGGUCAGUAAUCUGGUUGAGUUGUUAUCCGCAGGCUCGGUUUUGGUGUUUGUCACGAAAAAAGUUGACGCUGAACAGUUGGCAAACGAUUUAAAAGUCAAAGAAUUUGAAUGUUUGUUGCUACACGGGGAUAUCGAACAAGCCGAACGCAACAAGGUUAUAACCGCUUUUAAGAAAAAAGAAUGUAGUUUGUUGGUGGCAACCGAUGUGGCAGCUCGCGGUUUAGACAUCCCCCACAUCCGUACUGUGGUUAAUUACGACAUUGCACGUGAUAUUGACACGCACACUCACAGGAUUGGUCGUACGGGGCGUGCCGGUAACCAAGGCACCGCCUACACACUAAUCACGCCCAAAGAUAAGGAGUUUGUGGGGCAUAUUGUUAAAAAUCUAGAAGCGGCGCAUCAAGACGUGCCUCAAGAAGUUUUAGAUUUGGCGUUACAGAGUGCGUGGUACAGGAAACAAAGGUACAAGAGUAAGGGCGGUAACCCGAAUGUGGGCGGAGUCGGGUUGGGUUUCAAGGAGAAAGUGGGAGGGGCUUCGAGGAAUUUUGUGGGGGAAACGCACAGUCAGUCAAGGGGGCCCGCCACUGAUAGAUUAUCGGCGAUGAAAGCCGCCUUUAAAGCUCAAUACAUGAAUCAGUUUACAGCAAGUUCGGAUCCGGUUCCACAAGCCCCGCCUUCCACAAGGAAGAAGAGUAGAUGGCAGUGAUUUUUUCUAGAUUAGUACAUAAUGUAAUUUUUCUGCAUGUCAUUAAAGCGAUUUCAUCCAGAAA